AUUUGUAUAAUAUGGCUAGCAAAAAGGCCAGCCGGGGCUUCCAUGCCCUUGAUUUUAGUAAGACUUUUAGGUCAAAUUAGCAUUUUUUAUAGUACAAACGUUGCUAUAUUUCUAACAUGAACAAACCAACCAUCAAAAUAGGUGGGGGUGUGUGUGAAAAACCCAAUCCAAUUGCUUGAGAAAACACAGGCUGUUCUUGUGUGUGAUAAUAGUGUAUAUAAAGGGAGUCCAUAACAGUGGCAACCAUAUCCUCGUCAGAUCCGUCCUUUGUGUUUGGGUCCCACAGUCUUCGACUCCAAAGGUGCUUCUUUUUUUGCUUCUCAUUUUCUCCAUCGAAAAAGAAAAAGAAAAGAAGGAAGAAGAAGAAGAAGAAGAAGAAGAAGAAAAGGGUCAAUUGUUUACCAUCACUCUCAUCAAAAAGUUAUAGAUUUAACCGUUUUAGUGUCACUCCCAUCAAUCGAGACUUUUUGUGAGGUUUCAGUAUUUCCACGACUUGAUUGAGUGUGGUGGACUCAGAGAAAACAGCUCGAGGGUCUGAAACCUUUUCAAAAUUUCUGAAAAGGUUGCUAAAGUUAGUUUUGUUGAUUGUAGAGCGUACUCAGAGAUUUGGGUUGUUCAUGGUUACAGAUUCUUUGGCUUAUAAUUCAUUUUUGAGAAAGUGGGUUGGCUUGAUUUGAUGAAAAAAGAUGGAAUCUUUGAGACUAAAUUCAUGAUUUGGCAGCAAAGAUGCUUCUCGUAUAGUGAAUGCAUGGGAUUUCAUGUCUCGCAGAAGAGAAUGGUCUUAUGAAUAUGGAUCUCAGAGAAGACAGCGCGAGGUUUGGGUCAUUACCCAGCACGACUUUGAGAAAUUUGUCGUCUUCUUCGUCUGCAUUCUUUUCGGCAAAUCAGUCACCCUUCUUCUCUCCAAGAUCACCAAAGUGUCAACAAUUGACACGUGCCGAUAUUCCAUGUGACAAAAUUAACACAAGCAUUAAUCCCCUAAAUUCCGCUUCAGGAUAUCCAGGCCUCGAAUCUCUGACAAAUGUCAAAUUCACAUUGUCAGAUGUUUCACAUGCCCCUGCGGCCAGUACUUCAAGCGAAUUUCAUACGUUUGAUCAAGCUUCUUUCUCCACUAACAUCUCUAAUUGCACUCUAUAUAGUUGUAGUAAUGGCCGUGGCAAUGAAUACUUGAGGCACAGAGAAAAGCAGAAAAAACCUGGGAGAAGCCACGGAACCUCAUUUACUCCUAGUUCAACUUCACUUUCCUCUAGCAGACUGAGGAGCUGCGAUGUGUACAUAGGCUUCCAUGGUCGCAAACCUUUGUUGCUAAGAUUUACUAAUUGGCUUCAAACAGAGUUGGAAGUUCAAGGGGUGAGUUGCUUUGUAACAGACAGAGCUCGUUGUCGGAACUCUCGAAAACAUGAAAUUGUUGAGAGGGCUAUGGAUGCUGCCACAUUUGGAGUUGUUAUCUUAACCAAAAAGUCCUUCAGGAAUCCAUAUUCCAUUGAGGAGCUGCGGUUCUUCUCAAGCAAGAAGAAUUUGGUUCCAAUAUACUUUGAUUUGGGUCGAGACGAUUGCCUUGUCAGGGAUAUAGUCGAGAGAAGGGGGGAACUUUGGGAAAAGAAUGGGGGAGAACUCUGGCUUCUAUAUGGAGGGUUGGAGAAGGAAUGGAAAGAUGCAGUUAGUAUCCUCUCUCGCGUUGAUGAUUGGAAACUGGAAGCUCAUGAUGGUAGGUGGAGAGAUUGCAUAUUGAGGGCUGUCACCCUUUUGGCAUUGAGGUUGGGGAGGAGAAGUGUUGUGGAUAGAUUGACAAAAUGGAGGGAGGAGGUGGAGAAAGAUGAAUUUCCUUUCCCUCGAAAUGAGAAUUUUGUCGGUAGGAAGAAGGAAUUAUCUGAGCUGGAAUUUAUGCUUUUUGGUGAUGUUAGUGGAGAAGCAGAAAGAGAUUAUUUUGAACUCAAGGCCAGACCCAGGCGUAAGAACUUGACGAUUGGUUGGGGUAGGAGCAGUUCAGUAGAUGAAAGACGAAGGGAACGGCAGAUGGAGAGUGGCAAGAGGAAGGGAAAAGAACCUGUUGUGUGGAAGGAGUCUGAAAAGGAGAUUGAGAUGCAAAGCACUGUAUUUCCGCAGACACAGCACCAGGCAUUAAAGAUAAAGAGUGGUGGUAGGCAUGGAAGGAGAAGAAGAUCUAUGAAAAUUGUGUACGGCAAGGGGAUUGGUUGCAUUUCGGGAGAGUCAGGUAUUGGCAAAACAGAGCUGCUUCUCGAGUUUGCAUACAGAUUCCACCAGAGAUAUAAGAUGGUCUUAUGGGUAGGAGGGGAAAGCAGAUAUAUUCGCCAGAAUUAUUUGAACCUCUGGUCAUUCUUGGAGGUUGAUGUUGGAGUUGAGAGUGGCCUGGAGAAAAGCAGGAUAAAGAGCUUUGAAGAGCUGGAAGAGGCAGCCAUAGCUAAAGUGCGGAAGGAGCUUAUGAGAAACGUUCCAUUUUUGGUGGUCAUAGAUAAUUUAGAGACUGAAAAGGACUGGUGGGAUCAUAAACUCGUAAUGGAUCUACUUCCCCGAUUUGGCGGAGAAACCCACUUUAUUAUAUCAACACGCCUCUCUCGUGUAAUGAAUUUGGAGCCUUUAAAGCUUUCUUACCUAUCAGGGGUAGAGGCGAUGUCUUUAAUGCAGGGAAGUAUCAGAGACUACCCAAUUGUGGAAAUUGAUGCUCUCCGGGUUAUCGAGGAGAAACUUGGAAGGCUAACCCUAGGCCUUGCUAUUGUAGGAGCAAUUUUAUCUGAGCUUCCCAUAAAUCCAAGUAGGCUCUUGGAUACCAUUAACCGAAUGCCUUCGAGGGACUUAACAGGGAGUGGUAGGGAAUGUCAUUUACUGAGGAGAAAUAACUUCCUUCUGCAACUCUUUGAAGUUUGUUUCUCAAUAUUUGACCAUGCGGAUGGACCUAGGAGUUUAGCAAGCAGAAUGGUUCAGGCAACUGGUUGGUUUGCACCUGCACCAAUUCCAAUCUCACUAUUAGCUCUGGCUGCUCACAAGUUACCCGUGAAGCACAAACGUACUCGGUUAUGGCAAAAGAUUUUGCGUUCCCUAACUUGUGGAUUUACGUCAUCAUAUAAUAGGAAAUCAGAAGCAGAAGCAUCUUUAAUGUUGGUAAGAUUUAAUAUUGCAAGAAGUUGUACAAAGGAAGGUCAUAUCCAGUUCUGUGAGCUCAUCAAACUCUAUGCCCGAAAGAGAGGAGCCACUGGAGUUGCACGAGCCAUGGUUCAAGCUGUCAUUAGUCGGGGGUCUGUUUCCCAGCAUUCAGAACAUACAUGGGCAGCAUGUUUCUUGCUGUUUGGAUUUGGAAAUGACCCUGUAGUUGUUGAGGUGAAGGUGUCAGAACUGUUAUUUCUUGUCAAAGAAGCGAUUUUACCGCUCGCAAUCAGGACAUUUGUUACAUUCUCAAGGUGCAGUGCUGCUCUAGAACUCCUUCGCCUAUGUACUGAUGCAUUGGAAGCAGCAGAUCAGGCAUUUGUCACCCCAGUUGAGAAGUGGUUGGAUAAAUCACUUUGCUGGAAACCCAUCCAGACAAAUGCCCAGUUGAAUCCUUGCCUCUGGCAGGAGCUAGCACUAUCAAGAGCCACUUUGCUGGAAACUAGGGCUAAGCUAAUGUUAAGGGGGGGACAGUUCGACAUUGGGGAUGAUCUAAUUAGGAAGGCUAUUUUCAUAAGAACUUCCAUCUCCGGAGAGGAUCAUCCAGACACCAUAUCUGCUCGCAAAACUCUGAGCAAGCUCACAAGACUUCUCGCCAAUGUUCAAAUUCAUACUUCACCAUAGAUUCUAAAUUUCUUGUAAGCAGAGAUUACAUUAGAAUUAUACAAAGGUCUGAAUAAAACUGCAUUCAGAAAAUUCUUUUGUUCCGUUUUGAUAUUAGUGGGAUAUCCUUCCAUAUUUCAAUGUUUAUGUUUGCUAUUAUAAUGUGAA